AUGGAGCUCACAGGCUUUUCGCAAGAACAGCUAGAUGUUCGAGAAGCUGUUGCCAAGAUCUGCUCCAAAUUUCCAGACGAGUACUGGGCGGGACAUGAUGAAUCUGGCGUGUAUCCACAUGAACUCCAUGCAGCUCUUGCACAAGAUGGCUGGAUUGGAAUCGCAUUGCCUGAGGAUCUCGGCGGUGCUGGACUUGGUAUAUCUGAAGCCACAAUGAUGCUUCAGACCAUCUCACAAAGCGGUGCCGGCAUAGCAGGAGCUCAGUCAAUCCAUGCAAAUGUAUAUGCCACACAACCGGUUGCCAAAUUCGCCAAAGAGGAUCAACGAAAGAGUAUGCUGCCUAGGUUGAUCAGUGGUGAGUGGAAAGCAUGCUUUGGGGUGACGGAGCCAAGUACUGGGCUAGAAACCCUGAAGUUGAAGACCCUAGCGGUUCGUGACGGGGACUCUUACAAUAUUUCGGGCCAGAAGAUAUGGAUUUCAUCCGCCCAAGUUGCAUCAAAGAUGAUAUUGUUGGCUCGUACGGAACCUCUGCAAGAACUUAAGAAGCCAUCGGAGGGCCUGUCUUUGUUUUUCAUUGAUUUCGAUAGACAUGCUCCUGGGCUUGAACUGAAGAGGAUCAAGAAGAUGGGAGGCAGAGCUGUUGAUGCUAACGAAGUGUUCUUUGACAACUACCGAGUCCCAGCAGAUACUCUGAUAGGCGAAGAAGGGCAAGGCUUCAAGAUUGUUCUCCACGGGAUGAAUGCUGAGCGCUGUUUACUCGCUGGAGAGGCAUUGGGCCUGGGCUACGCCGCAUUGGAGAAGGCUUCGAAGUAUGCACGAGAGCGUGUAGUCUUUGGGAGACCCAUCGGCCAGAAUCAAGGCAUCCAGCAUCCUCUUGCCGCGGCUUACAUGAACCUCGAAGCUGCCAAGCUUGCAACGUACCAUGCAGCCAGGGUGUAUGACUCGAGCGGCAAGGAUCCCUAUGUGACGCCUCAUGCAGUAGGCGUAGCUUGCAAUUCUGCCAAAUAUCUUGCUGCCGAAGCUGCGUUCACUGCCUGUGAAAGAUCCGUACUCGCUCAUGGUGGCAUGGGAUAUGCGCAAGAAUAUCACGUCGAGAGGUACAUGAGAGAAUGUUUCGUUCCUCGUAUCGCACCUGUGAGCAGAGAAAUGAUCAUGAAUUAUAUCGGUGAGAAGGUGUUAGGACUUCCAAGGAGCUAUUGA